UGUCAGUGUUUUCUUUAGCGCUGUUCGCGUUUUUGCUUUUUCACCAGGGAUUAGCUUAUCUCCUGGAUCGAGAAUGUGGGGGUCGUAUGGAAAUAAGCUUUAAAGUUUCUGGUGGUGAAGACGCCCAAUAUUACUUUACACCCUGGAUGGCCAGCAUAUACGAUAGUAAGAGGACUUUUAUUGGCGGCGGAACUUUAAUCCACAAACGAUUCAUUCUAACUGCUGCCCACGUCCUAUCUAAAAAUCCAAAAAUCGUGCGCUUGGGGGAAAAGGACAGAAGGUGCAUAAAUACGAAAUGCGAUAAGGUGACAGAGUAUUCGGUGGACAAGGUUAUAGCCUAUAAACCAGGAUCUGAUUUAUGGCACGGCAAUGAUAUAGCUCUUCUAAGACUGAACGCAAAUGUGGAGUACAAUGAAGACAGGCUGCCAAUUUGCAUUAUCGUGGAUGACGCGGUAAACUUCGCCAAUGUAAACAAAUUUAGGGCUUUCGGAUGGGGUAAAACAAAUGGAUCCGCAACGCAUAUGAGCGAUAUCCUCAAGACCAUCAACCUGGUCCGAAAAAACCCGAAUGAAUGCGAGCAAUCCAUGGGAUUUUUGGCAGGCGAUUCGCUGAUCUGCGCCGGAUCAGAAAAUGGCGACACUUGCCAAGGCGACUCCGGGGGUCCACUGGCGGUGGAAUAUAAUUACGAGGGAAAUACAAGCUACACUCAGAUUGGGAUCGUGAGCUUUGGUCCCAACAGUUGUAAUAGUAAUAGCUUAUAUACAAAUAUUUCAAUCUACAAUCACUGGAUAGCUGAAACGGUGCACGCUAACGAGGAGCAGCUCUUAUUUGAGAACUGCGGCAGCCAUUGGAGUGGUGGCAUUGCAGUGCGUCUAUGGGAGCUAUUCUUUCUUAAGCGCACUGUAGCCGGCACCUUAAUCACAGACCAAUUUGCCGUGACUGUUGCUAGUGCGCUCCAAACCAAAUUCACUAAUAUAAAAGCAAAGUCGAGAUAUUCUGAGUAUGAUGUUGUUGAGAUCAUUAAGCACCCUGAGUUCUCUAAUUCACCAAUAAUACAGAAUGAUAUAGCUUUGCUUAAACUAAAGAGAAAGAUACAAAUAUCAUAUCUUGUGAAGCCAAUCUGCCUUGCAGUGAACUCCUUUCCUCCAAAAACUUUUACUGCCCUUCUCUAUGCUUACGAUAGAAAAAAACUGGGUCUUCAAACCAAGCAUUUUAACACCAUCACAUGUUCCUCUACAGUUGAUUCCAAUCAAUUUUGUGUCGACAAACCUCAUGAUCUAGAAUACGAUUUACCGGGUUCGGCGUUAUUAACUUAUAAUGAGAUCAAGAACGUCAACAAUUAUCUUCUGAUUGGCAUUAUAAGCCAUUUUAGGGAUAGUGAGAUCGUAUUUACAGAUAUACGAAGCUACGCCGAGUGGAUAUCGAAAACGGUAAAAAUAUGAUCAUUAUUGUUACUAUAAUUCAAUUGAAAUAUAAAUAAUAAAUGUGCUGAAAUAAACGAGAAAACAAUGAACAACAAACCCAUUAUAAUUUAUUUUUUGGAAUUACCCAAAAGAAAUAUAGAAAUAUAUUUCCCUUAUCUCUAAAGCUUUGCAUGGCCAAUAGAUAGGUAUUUAUUACACGCGUCUUAAAAUAAAUUAAAAUUUGUGUAUGUAUUUGCAAUAAUUUUAAAUAUGAGUUCCUGAGAAUCGUUGUUUAAUAGAACUUCCAUUUAAAGAUUAUUUAUUUUAAUGUCCCUUACGUAAAACCGGACAAAAGAGUUGUCAAAAAAAUGUUAUUAUAUUAUUUCAUAAAUUCGACUAUAUUUCAAAAUUUAUGCAAUGCAAAGUAAAAACUACAUUUAAUAAUUCCAUGAUGACUAAUAUUUCAACGCUGUCGAUUAACUUAUCUACAAGUUCAAAAUAAUUAAAGCGGUUAAUAGUAUACGCUUAAAAAAAUAAAAUUCGUUCUCUUCUUUUGUAUAGUUUUUUUUUUACAUAUCGGAAAAACAAACUCCUAGGACUAAACAAUUUCAUUUUCAUAUCGCUUUGACGUUCUAU